CAUACCCACUCAACAAAAGUCACAAACCACCGUCGCCAUUUGAAUCUAACUACUGCAACCGGUUUGAACGAGAUGGUGGUAACUGAUAUGGCUAUAGAUCUAACCACCUCAAAUAUUGAAAAAGCUUCUUCUACAUAAUUUCACCGCGUUUCACCGCCAACGUUUGCAUAAUUUCGUCGCUUUCUAACAAUUGAAACCGUUGAUCCCUACAAAACUUCUGGUUCUGCUGCUAAGAAAUCAAUUGCAAAAACCUGUAGUGGUGGAAAAAAGGAAACUAAGUCAACUGAACGUGCAGGAACUGAAUCAAAGAUGAAACAAAAAAUCACAAACUCAAACGAGGAAUGCAUGGUUGGAAGGAAGCUGUCGUUUGUGCGUUCAUCUAACUUCAACACAUUAAAGGUUCCUAAGACUGAGAAAAUGACUGAUUUAUGUCCUCCAAAAAAUGUGACAACCAAGCUGAACCAAGCUACACCUCUGUGCUCAAACUUCAAUGGUGUCAAUAAUACAGGCACAAUUUUCUCAAAGUUCAUCAAGACAAAGUUUCCUCUAUCUCCAGAAAUGAAUCUAACAACUGAACAAGCUCACAUUUCAGCCUACGUAUUUCAUCCAUUUAAUAAUCCAGAGGAACCUUUGUUCAAAGUUGGAGACUUUGAAGGAGUAAGGAAAGAUUUUCAAUCUGUGUCCAUAUGUUACUGUUGAUGAAAGGAUUGUGCACAUGAUGGCUAUGGCAAUCAACUGGAAUCAGAAACAAAUGUCAUCACCAACAAAAUGGGCACUCCCACCAGCCUUUAUGCGUGCUGUCAAAAUGGGGAAUUCAAUAGAAGAACUUGUCAGUGAGUUUGCAGAGUACUGGAUGCCACCUUUUGAAAAUCUCUCCCAUAUAUAUGUACCAAUAGAAGAUUGUUGCGGCUUGUGGUACCUCAUGAUUGCAUCCAUUGCAGAUAAGCAGUUGUUCCACAUGGAUCCAUACUUUGAAAAGCAGAAUGUCGAUCCUCGCCAAGAGAUUAUUGCAAAUAUGUGGCAGGCAAUAGCACAGAUGUCUCAAUCUCCUAAUUUCCCAGCUAACUUUCUUGCUGACAAAUUCAACGAGGAUAUGUGGACUGUUUCUGAUCCAUUUGGUCACUUGGGGAUUGGUUUUUGCCAACAUACAGCUGUUUAUGUUUUGGACUGGAUGGACAGCGAAAAACCAAUGCAUACCAAUGCUUCUUUUGGGCAUAAGGAAGAAGUCAAAAGGAUGAGCUUGGCUAUGAAACUACUGCUUGGUGAACACAAUUCUCUGAAAAGCAAGCUGCAAUAUGAUUCUGCACAAGCUUGGAGUACCAAACGAUAUGCCUAGAUGGAAAGUUUGUCUAUUGCUUCAUGUGGAUCUAGUGUCUUGUCAUUUAGUGUUUUGUCAUUUAUGUUUAAUGUAAUGUGGAUUUAGUUUGUCUAGUUGGUUUGAUGCAAUGUGUUGGGUUUAGCGCCCCUAUUUUGUCUAGUUAGUUUUUUUAGUUGGUUUGAAUCAAUGCUUGGGGUUUAGUGCACCUAUUUUGAAGUAUCACUCAAUGGUGUGGUUUCAUAGUGGACUGUAUUCAAUGGAUGUAUUUUGUGCAUCAACUGUAACCUAGGGUGGACUAUGUUAACCACACUUUUUGUAUGAAGUGAAUGCAAUAUAUAAGAUAUCCACACUGUGACUUUAUU